AGUAUAUCGAUGGGUAAAAGAAAUCAGCUGAUGGUUGUUUUCCUAGUUUUAAGUUUAAAUGUUAUUAAUUACUCAUUUAUGAUUAAUUAUUAUCAGUGGUGUAAUUUACAAGGAUUAUAGACUAUUUGGACACUAUGACAACGUCGCAUUUAGUGCAACCCUCGUAUCAACUCGACUCGGUAUACCAGUUUUGGAAUUUUUUUCUUUUAUUCCAAGAAAAAAUCCAGUUAACAGCUGAAACUUGUAUUAAAAUUAACGUCAACCAGUGAGGAAAUGAAAUUUUCCAAAAAUCUUAUCACCUUUUCACAGAUCAAUAAUUUCUCAACAAAAUGAUAACGUUUCUUUGACGUUAAAUGUUGUUAUUAACAAUAUGUAUGAUAAUUAAUCAUGUAUUUCGAUAAAAUAAUGACUAAUUAGUUUACAAAUCAGUUUUGCGUCUUGGAAAGAUAUUUAUUUAACAAAAACAGUGUAAUACUCAGUUAUAUAGAAGAUGUUGAUACCAAUAUUGAUACUAGCGACAGUCGCUUUACCAAUUUCCGAGGCCGAAUGUAACUUUUUUCAAAAAAUAUGGAAAAGCGAGUGCCCCAAUGAUGAUGAAAUUACUUUGGUGACUUCAGUGAAAACGUGCAGUUAUUUCGAUAAAUUUUUUCGAAACAAUAAUUGCGACGAUAAUGAGAUAUCUGCACGAAAUUGUCAACUGGAGAACUGUCAUUAUAAUCCGGACGAAGAUCUGACAGUGCCACAAAUGAUAGCCAGACACGGUUACCCUUCGGAAUCCCAUACUGUAGUUACCGAUGAUGGGUUUAUCUUAGAGAUACAUAGAAUACCAAAGAUAAAUGGUUCAGGUCCUCAACAACCUAUUUUUUUGCAACACGGGUUAAUGGGAAGCAGUGCUGAUUGGAUUAUAAAUGGUAACCAAACGUUAGCCUUUUAUUUGGCCGAUCUUGGUUACGAUGUGUGGUUAGGAAAUUGCAGAGGAAACAUCUAUUCGAGAGGUCAUGUGUCACUACCAACUACCCACGCUACGUUUUGGAAUUUCAGCUUCCACGAAAUGGGUACUAAAGAUUUACCAAAAGUAAUUUCCUAUAUUACCAAAGUUACAAAUAAACCUGGAGAAAUCAUUUAUAUUGGUCAUUCAAUGGGAACAACCAUGUUCUACGUUUUCGCUUCAGAAAACCCUGUACUUGCCAAGAACGUUAAAGUGAUGGUUGGAAUGGGAUCAGCAGCUUACAUGACUCAUAUUAAAUCCCCUAUUAAAUACUUCGCGCCAUUGACUACUGAAUUAGAGUGGCUUCGAAAACAUUUAGACUUCAACGAAUUUUUACCGAAUAGUAAACUGAUGAAAAUACUUUCAUCUCAAUGCGAAUUAUUCAAAAUCGACGAAAAGAUAUGCGAAAAUUUGAUAUUCGCAAUUUGCGGUUUCAAUAAAGAAGAAUUUAAUAUCGAUAUCUUACCGGUUUUACUAGCAAAAGAUCCAGCAGGAUCCUCAACUAAAACAAUUAUACAUUACGCUCAAGAAAUUGAUAAUCGCGGUAAUUUUCAAAAAUACGAUUACGGAAGCGUUGGUAAUUUCAUUGAAUACGGUACUGUUGAUCCACCCCCGUAUAAUAUUAGUAAUAUUAGAAAUCCUAUAUAUUUGAUGUACGCUAAAAACGAUUGGCUUUCAAAUCCAGUGGAUGUUUUACGUUUUGCACGUGAACUGAAGAACUUGGCAGGAACAUACGAAAUUGAGAUGGAUUCUUUUAAUCACGUCGAUUAUAUUUUUGGAAAAGACGCUAAAGAUUUAGUAUACAAACCUUUGUACAAAUUCCUUAGCAAUUAUACAGACUACUAAUAAAUUUAUUCAGAAUAUUAUUUGUUUUAAACAUUUCAGGUUACAAAAAUAAAAUUAUAUCAAUAUA